AUGGCCGCCGCUUUCGACGAGGAAGAUCUUUCGAUCCCUCUCCCACCUUCCGACCGUGAUAAUUCCCGUGAUCUGCGUGAUCCCCGUGAUCGUGCCAACAGGACGGCGAGCUCCAACCCCUCCGCCAUGGCAAUGCCACCGCCAUCUCGUCCGCCCGUCCAAGCCGAGGCCGCCACCCAAUCCCCAGCAACCAUGCGAGACAUGCAGCGUCUCGAUCAGUACCAGACGGUCAAGAUCCUAGGUGAGGGGUCUUUCGGUAAGGUGAAGCUUGCUAUCCAUCAGCCGAGUGGGCGACAGGUCGCUCUGAAGAUUAUCUCUCGGAGGAAGCUCUUGUCUCGGGAUAUGGUUGGUCGUGUGGAACGAGAGAUUCAGUACCUUCAGCUGCUUCGGCAUCCUCAUAUUAUCAAGCUCUACACCGUCAUUGCCACCAAGACCGACAUUGUGAUGGUUCUCGAGUACGCAGAGCGAGAAUUAUUCGAUUAUCUAGUGCGAAAGGGAAAAUGUCACGAUGAUGAGGCCCGCAAGUUCUUCCAGCAAAUUAUCUGUGCCGUCGAAUAUUGUCACCGACACAAGAUCGUACACCGCGAUUUGAAACCCGAGAACUUGCUUAUCGACAGCCAGAAAAAUGUCAAGAUUGCCGAUUUCGGAUUAAGUAAUAUUAUGACGGAUGGCAAUUUCUUGAAGACUAGUUGCGGAAGUCCUAACUAUGCUGCCCCAGAGGUCAUUUCUGGAAAGCUGUAUGCGGGGCCGGAGGUGGAUGUUUGGAGUUGUGGAGUAAUUCUCUACGUGCUGUUGGUUGGCAGACUGCCAUUCGAUGACGACUAUAUCCCUGCCCUCUUUAAGAAGAUCGCAGCGGGCAACUUCCAUGUUCCCAGUUACAUCUCUCCUGGAGCAGCCCGUUUGAUCCGUGCUAUGCUCCAGGUUCAUCCGGUUCACAGAAUCACUAUUCCCGAAAUUCGAGAGGAUCCCUGGUUCACCAAGAACCUUCCUAAGUACCUCGAGCCUCCACCGGAGGAAUUCAUCCCAACGGAUAAUAAUCCAAACAAGCCCGUUGAUCCCAGCAAGCUUGCCCAGGGAAAGGUCCCUGUACAGCACAAGAUUCACCAAAUUGCGGUAUCAAAGCUUGAGCGAAGCAUGGGAUACGGUCGUGAGGAUAUUGAAGAUGCUUUGCGACACCCAGAGCCUAGUGCGAUUAAGGAUGCGUUCUCUAUUGUGGUUGAAAACGAAAUGAUGCAAACUAACUCACCCACCGAAGAUAAUUUAAUGGCUUCAAACGUGCAACCGCAGCCGAAGGGGCCUGCUCAGCCGAAAGCGGAUCGAGCUCCCCCUGUAUCGAAAACUCAUGUUGCGCAAGCUCCAAUUGCUGCCCGGAAAGCAAGCAUUUCGCGCCGCAUCCGCCCAGAAGAAUCACAGCAAGCUGAAUCCGAAGGCUAUGAAGAGCGUCCUAGCCACGUUCGAAUUCUUCCUACUAGUCUGCCAUAUGUGCAUGACCAGCUUAUGGAGCAACGAGAUCGAGAGCAACGGGCUCGUGACGAUGAGGUGCGUAGGCGAGAAGCUGCGCGACUCGAAGCAGAAGGACGAGGCGGCCCCGGAGAAUUGUCUCUCGAAGAGCAAGCGGCUACAGCCCGUGCAUUGAAGCCCCACGCACGCAGCAUAAUUGACCUGGAGAAAUUACGACUGGAGCCCCCAAUGGGAUACCCUAUUGCACAGCAGCCUCCCAAGAGAUCACGCAAGUGGCAGUUUGGUAUUCGGUCACGCAACCAGCCUUAUGAAGCCAUGCUGUAUCUGUACCGGGCAAUUGCUGCUCAAGGUGGUGUCUGGGACAUCCAGCCGGUCGAGUCAGGCACUCAAAUCGGACCUAAUGCAGUCCCUUCCCCAGAUAAACCCAAGCCACUCCAGAACAAAUACCCUGACCUCCCAUCAGACUACUACAUUCCAAAAGACCCUUGGUUUAUUCGUGCUCGUCUGUUGAAGGAGGGUAUUAAGGCCCCGGGGGUUACCACUAGUGUCUAUAAUAGCCGCAGCGAUCUUGAGGAGCUGCGUCGUCGGUUCCACAUCUCCGGAAUCUCCACACCAUUUGAGGACAAAGAGAACAAGUCCUCGACACCAGACAACAGUGCCCCCUCUGCCCCAUCAUCUGCUACCCAGCAGAAUGGACUUCCAAGUAUCUCACACGGUGUUUGGGUGUUUGUCGACAUACAGCUGUAUCAGUUGGAAGAGAACAACUACAUGGUUGAUUUCAAGUGCGAUGGCUAUCAGAAUGUCAUCCGUGCACAGGGUGAUACUGAAUGGACUCCUAUCAGCAAGCGCCUGAAGAACAAAGAGAAGGAGGUGACCAGCCCCUACCCAUUCUUGGAUGUCGCGUCAGACCUUGUGGCUCAAUUGGCUGUUGCCAGUUAA